AUGUUUGCUUUGCGUAAAAACCGUCGACCAACUGCAUUUGAUAUCUGUGAAAAAUUAUCAAGAUGGUAUAAGAUAUUAGAUAAUAGUAGCGCAUAUGAUGAAGAUGAAUUAGCAGUAUUAAAAGCAUUCCAGUCUGCGGAUGCAAUUAUUCCAGCAUUGUCAACCGAACUGCCAAUUUGCCCUAAAGAUAAACUUACAA